AUGGCCGGCCAACCUGACGGCCUCCGUGAAGCCGCGCCUCCUGCCGGCCGCCAUUCAACGCCAACCAAGGCUUGUACUGCCAUGCGCCAAUAUCGAUAUCCUCCGCACCCCAUGGCUUCGACGACGUCCAAGGAGGAGCCGAGUCUGAGCCAAGGCAAUGACGCUCGAGGGGCCGCCCACGAGGUGGUCGCCGCUCCGGCACCGGCCAACCUGGUUCCCGCCGUCCGCUUCUCCCCCGCCAUUGACGAAAUGUCACCCACCGCCACCGUUACCCAGCCGAUGGCCGGCAAAGACCUAAGCUUCACCGAAGUCACCGCCGAUCAGAUCAAGGCCUUUAGGAACUCGAUGCGCGGCAUGCCGCUGCAGGAACGCCGCAUGUCCACCUUUCAGUUCGAGGCCUUUUCCCUGCCGCCGUCGAGGGUCCCUUCUCGCGACGAAGGAUCCCCCACCUCUUCCCGACUUGCCACGCCAAUCUCGUCGCGCGUCCAGUCGCCCCAUGGCAGUCCCCGCCUAUCCGCCUUGACGUCGCCUCCUCUCACGCCCUCGGAAUCGAGCCCGACGGCGGCCGCGGGGGAGGUCAAGGGGGAGAGAAAGCUUCCCGGCAAGGUGAUCGCAGACCAAUCUUUGUCCGUCGUCGAACCUCAACCCAUCACCCCCCAGCCUACUUCGUCUCGCGAGAAGCAGCCGGCCCAUGCUGCGAGGAAGCCUCUCGCUCACCGCCCGGCCUCCGAAGAGCACGUCAUGAGGAGGACAACCUCGGCAGAGGACCACAAGUCUCAUCGGCGAGGCAUGUUCGGCGGCGGCGGCAAGGCUGGCGGCGGCUCCGUGCCAGUCUCGAGGGAAUCGAGUCCGUCGAGGAGCUCGGCUUCCAACUUCUACUCGAAGCCCAUGACGCCAACCGGCGACGCCAACGACCCCUACGCCAAGGGCCUUCGCCCGCCGCUGCAGCAGCAUCCGAACCGACAUUCCAUCGAUCCCAGGUUCGUCUUCUCUCGCAAGAAGAAGCAUGGCUCCCCCGGUGGAUCCAAGACGUGCCUCCCGGAGAAGCGGGCCUCUGGCUUCUUCGGAGCCAAGAACGCAAGCGAGGAUCAGGCGAGCGAUGGGGGGCACGCCCAUCAGUCCGGAUCCAUGGUCGACUUGAAGCGCUUCUUCCGAAAGCAGGGACAGAACAGUCACACCAAGAAGAGGGACGCGUCGCCGGCGGCCUCGAUCAAGGCGGGAAUGAAGAUAACGCCCAUCUUGCGCUCGACUCCGCAGCUUCCCUUUGGCGACGAUCACGGACUCAGCUCCAAGUAUGGCAAGCUCGGCAAGGUCUUGGGCUCGGGCGCUGGCGGUUCCGUCAGGCUCAUGCGCCGCAAGGAGGACGCGACGGUGUUUGCCGUCAAGGAGUUCCGCGCCCGCCAUACGUACGAGACCGAGAAGGAGUACAACAAGAAGGUGACGGCCGAGUUUUGUGUCGGCUCGACUCUGCAUCACGGCAACAUCAUCGAGACGUUGGAUAUCCUGCAGGAAAAGGGCAGGUGGUUCGAGGUCAUGGAGUAUGCGCCCUUUGACCUGUUUGCCAUUGUCAUGACGGGCAAGAUGUCUCGAGAGGAAGUUCGCUGCUGCUUCCUGCAAAUCCUGAACGGCGUCACCUACCUGCACAGCGUCGGCCUUGCCCACCGCGAUCUCAAGCUGGAUAAUGUCGUCGUGAGCGGCAACGGCAUCAUGAAAAUCAUUGAUUUCGGAAGCGCCCACGUUUUCAGGUAUCCGUUCGAGAACGGCAUGGUCCCGGCCAAAGGCAUUGUGGGCUCGGACCCCUAUCUGGCUCCGGAGGUCUACGACGUGAAGGAGUACGACGGCGCGUCUGUCGAUAUUUGGUCCCUCGCCAUCAUCUUUUGCUGCAUGUCCCUGCGCCGGUUUCCCUGGAAGAUUCCUCGAUUGACGGACAACUCCUACAAGCUGUUCGCCGCCGACCCGACGCCCGGUCACGACCCAGUUCAGCUCAUUCGGAAGUCAAAAUCAACAAGCCAGCUAGCCGGCACGCCGGCGCGGGACUUUCUGACCGAAGACGAGGUUCCCAAGGAAAAGUCGGCGGAGAAGCCGGCGGAGAAGCCGGCGGAUGAAACAAAAGGGCCCAAGGACCACAGCAAGCCGCACAACUCGGAGCAAGCGACGGCGGCCACCGCCACUGAUGACGGCCAGGCGCAGAAGGAGGGCGCUUCGAAAGAGCGAAAGGAGGUUAUCCGUGGCCCUUGGCGAAUUCUUCGUCUCUUGCCACGCGAGAGCCGGCACAUUACUCACCGCAUGCUUGACAUCAACCCCGAGACCCGUGCAAAGAUGGACGAGAUCCUCCAGGAGUCAUGGAUAGCGGAUACGGUCAUCUGCCAGCAGCUUGAGAAUGGCGAUGUUAUAUCCGCCGAGGAUCACACGCAUGUCCUGGAGCCGCCUGCUUCUCAGCCGCAAAAUAAAAGCUGA